UGGCCAAUGGGCGGCGGCGGCUCUCCCGUGCGCCGCGCGGGGGGUGGGGAUCUCCCCGCCGCCGCCUGAGGAAUGUCAACUAUUCAACAUGGAGACGGCGGUCGCCAGGCUCGAGGCCAUGUUCCAGAAGGCAGAAGCUGAUCUGGACUGGAUUCAACACAGACUGGAGUAUGAAAUAAUGAAAAGUUUUCCUGAUGAUACACCACUAGAGGACAAUCCAUUUGCUAUCCUGGAAGGACUCUCAGCGGCCAAAGCUCGUUACAAAGCGCUGUGCACACGGAUGGACAGGAUUGCCAGGGAGCAGAAAGAGGCCAUGAAGGGCAUCCAAGCUUCUGUGGAGAACACAACGAAGAUAGUUCAGGAAUUACAGCAAAAAGCUGGUCUUGAGAGCUUGCCCCUGUCAGCAGAAGAACAGGCUGCAGCACAGCAGUUGGGCAUCCAAACUGGGACAGAAAUGGAAUCAUCAGUGGGAAGGCCAGGUUGUGCAGGAUCUACAGUCCCUGGCUCAGCUGAAGCAUCCCAAUUCCUACCAUUGACUGAGGAAAUGCUUCUGACUGUACCCAGGCACAUCAGAAGAUCUGUCACAUUAGCAGGCUUGAACUCUUUGUACAGGGGGUUAUUUAAACACUUUGUAGUGAAUAAGAACAAGGCAGCACUGAGUAUUUCACAGGUGGAUGAGAUGAGUACGAAACCCUCUCACUCAAGAAUUCAAGUCCUGGAAGAACUUGGUGUUGUGAAAAGCGACAAAAAAGGGGAUAUUGAAUUAGUUGUGUAAGUGAAAGCUCGGCCCGUUCUCGUCUGAGACACAAAAGCACCUUGGUCACAGCUCCUGGAUUAUGAAGGAACAAGUAUUUCCCUGGGAUCUAAGAGCUGCUGAAAGUCCACUGUUGGAGAGUUGUAAUGUUUCUGUGCACAAAUUCUGUUUCUGGUACUUAAAACUGGAGAGUUAAAAACCACUGAGGUUGGCAUUUUGCCUUGGAUAUUUAUAGGCCUGUGGCUGAUGCAUUUUUGAAGAGUGUUACGAGCCACACAACAUUUUCUUGCUCUCGUUCUUCAGUGGGUUUUUAACAAGUAACCCAAGCCUCUUAAGUGUACUUACAUUCCUGAAUAAAUGAUGAAAGCUAAGGA